AUGCGUAGCCUCGAUGAGGCUCGACUAAGCUGGCAAGAGCUCCAGCAAUACAAGGACCUUGGCGAGCUGAAGCAAGCCGUACGCCUUGAAGCAAACGCUUCUAUCGCAACAAGCGGGCUGAGAUCUGCUUGCUGGAAGGCUUUCCUCGUAUUCGACACCCUCGAUGUGACGGAAUGGCAGCGUACACUGUCUUCAUCACGCUCUGCGUACAAUUCACUGCACUCUCACUUCUUCCGAUAUAUCGAAAAUCCGGACGAUGUAGGGGCAAACUUUGACCCGCUGAGUCAAGAUUCAGAGGUAUGUGUCACAUGGAACGCAGAUCCCAACUGCAAAAGCUGCGAUUCCUUGUCUCUGACGGAAAGCUAAGAGUUCAAUCAAAGUCAUCCCCUUGGUCACAAGUACAGAAAGAUCAAGAAUUGCGCGCUGAGAUCUUGCAAGAUGUCGAGCGUUGUAUGCCUGAGAAUCCCUAUUUUCGGCAACCGGAGACGCAGAUGAUGUUGCUUGAUAUUCUCUUUGUGUUCUGCAGGUUGAAUCCGGAUGUUGGGUAUCGGCAGGGUAUGCAUGAGAUUGCGGCACCCAUUCUCUGGGUCGUUGAGCGCGAAGCUAUUGAUGUGGGCCGGACCAGCAAGGCUCUAGGGGAGGAUGGUAUUAUCAAGAUGGUCUUCGAUGCUGAACACAUUGAACAUGACACUUUUGCGAUUUUCGGGCAGGUAAUGCAGAGUGCCAAGACAUUUGUGAGUUUCAUCUUCUUCUCCGAUAUGAGACCAAAUUGUCCGCUGAUCCUGAGCAGUACAUAUCGGAGGGACCAGUGUCAAUAGCGUCGAGGAGCCGCCGUAUUUUCGAUGAGCUCUUGCCUAAGGUCGACCCUGACUUGAAGAAAUACGUCGAGAGUCUGGACAUACCUCCUCAGGUCUUCCUCAUCCGAUGGAUUCGGCUCCUGUUUGGCCGAGAGUUCGACUUCGAUGGCGUACUCACUCUGUGGGAUGCCAUCUUUGCAGAGGAUCCUACGCUUGAGCUCGUAGAUCACGUCUGUAUCGCGAUGCUGCUCCGAAUACGCUGGCACUUGCUCGAUGCCGAUUACAAUGCGGCAUUAGGACUACUACUCAAGUAUCCUGAGCAGGACAAGGAGUUCCCACCUCAGACCUUCGCAUUGGAUGCGUUGUAUCUGACGACCCACAUGACUUCUGAAGGCGGCAGCUAUCUGGUUCUGAAGUAUACUGGGAGACCGCUGGUAACAGGGAGACCCACCACACCACCCGCGCUGCAGAGAAACAUCACCACCUACGCUAUCCACAACUCAGAUCGUCGGAGCAGGCUGUCGCCGCCUAGAACACCUCGUCAAUCACGAAACAUUGAGGCAAUGCUCCAAAACACCGCGAAGAACAUUUACGCACGAGGCGAGAAGCUUGGCAUUGGGAAGGCAGUCCGCAGCGCCGUCGAUGAAGUUCAUAAGAAGGCUCAAGAAAUUCGAGAUGCGCAGACUCCCUCGCCCGCGCGAGCAGGUCACGAACCCCUGCUUGGAAGAGUCAAAGAACUCGAGUCACGAAACGAACGGCUCUCGCAAUUACUGUCUGGUGCUGUGAAUGAGCUCUGGGAAUACCAAAAGCUCGUCACUGAAGCUCACACGAAAGAGGAGGGUAAUGUGCAAGCAGAUCCGGGUGUCGUGGAAAAGCUCAGUGCGGCGAUCGCAAAAGUCCAAUUUGUGCAGGUCUAUCUGGCCGAGCCGACGCUAUCGUUGCCGGACGACGAAUCACGACCGUCGACCGCGCAAACCAGUAUGGAAGCGAUAUCCAUACCUCAGACUAACGAACCUCUGUCACCCUCGGACGUGGAAGAGAAACGCGAGGUGACAAAGGACACACAAUCUCCUCCCAAGAGCUUUGCUCAAGCCUUUCCUACCUCACCCACAACUGCCGGUCUAGCCGAUCCUUCGACCUUCGAAGACUUUGCGGAGCCCGGUCCAGCUUUGAACACGGCGGACGCAGCUCUGUUUUCUACCAACGAUACAGUCUCCCAAUCGACAGCACCAGUUCAUAACCCCGGUAGCAACAACACAAUAGAAAAAACACCUCCUAUCAUUGAACCCACCAAAACCAAACCUCCCCGACCUACUCUCGGAGAAAGUCCGUUUUCUUUCAUGCUAGGUCAGGGUUCCGAAACUUCUCCCCAUGGGAAUCCCGCUGGUUCUCCGCGCGCACGUGAGAGAGGGCUCUUCGGUGGCGGGGAUGAGCGGAGUCAGAGUUCCACUCAGAAGCAGGAAGCUAAGGAUCCAUCGAAUGGUCAUGGUAGUGGUGAUGAGACGCAAUUUGAUAUGGGGAGUCUUCGCAGAGCGAGGGGGACGAAGCGAUGA